AUGAGCUCUAGCAAUGACGCGGUGUUUCUUCGCCGCAAUAACCAAGUUCAAGAUGCCAUUGACUCGCAGAACAUGAAGCAGGCGUUGCAGCUCAUCGAGAAGCGCAUCAAGAAGGGCGAAAACACGCAAUUUCUGAAGGCAAGUCAUAUCCACGAUCUCCAAGUCUGGAAAGCUAACAUCCUUUUCAACCAUACGGAUGAAACCCACAAAAAGCGAGGAAUGGGGGAAACCCUGCAACUAUGCAAAGCAGAGCCAGCCAUAUCGGAUAUAGACUCUCUUGACAUCCUCCACCGAACACUGCAGAAGAUGGACGAUCACACUGAACUUCGGAGUACCAUAUGGGAGAAAGCAGCAAAGGCCAAGCCCCAGGACCAUACCCUCCAGAUGAGAUGGUUCACUCUAGGGUUUGAAGCUGCUGACUGGAAAACGGCCCAGAAGGCUGCCAUGAGCCUUCAAAAGAACUUCCCUCGGGAGCGAAAAUAUUAUUUCUGGGCCAUCUUCCUGUGCCAUAUCAUUUCAGAAAACCCGGCCAGCUCCGAGAUGGACCGCAAGCUUUUCGGGACCCUUGCCUAUCGGAUGAUUUCGAAAGCGGCUGCUGAUAUUCCUGCUGACCAGACCCAAUUGCUUAGCGCCCCAAGAGCCCUUCAAACCAGCGAAGAGCUUUACUUCCUCCUUCGAGUUUACAAAGUACAAGAGCGUUGGGCCGAGGCUCUGAAGGUGCUUGAAAGCGAGACCACUGGCACGGAAUCUCGUCUUGCCAACAAUGACCGUGUGUUCUUACUUGAAAAACUCUUCUUUAUGGGAUCUGCUGGUGUUUGGAAAGAUGCGUAUGCAUUCACUAAACAACAGCUUGCUGUACCUGAAAGCGAAGCAGGACGCCAGGUCCUGAAAGAACGUGAUGACUGGAAGACUUGGAACUUGUUUAUUUCAGUCCCGCGAAACUUGCCUGAAGAAGAGGAACUGAUUUCCGAGGUACAGCAGCAUAUUGAAAAGUUCAUUGCGUAUGAGCCUCGGUCUCGCAAUGCUCAUAUCGCCCUCUUAGAUGUCGUCUUGACCGGCUUGAAACACGGUGUUCGCACAGAAGAGGAUUUGAUUUUGACUUGCCGGAACUAUUUCGAUGCAAACAAGUCUAAUCUCUAUGCGUUUAUGGACUUGCGAGGUGUUAUGGAGACACGGGAUGAUUCCAUGGUGGACCGCAUAACUGACUAUUGCAUGGAAAGUGUUGAAGAGACACCAGACAAUAUCAUUCCGUUGAUCAACGCAUACAAGCUGCGAUACCACGCACAGAUCUCUGGAAACAGACAAUCCUCGAAAUCGGAAGUUGAAAGUUUGGUCCAGAAGUGUAUUGAACUUUACAAUGCAUUCACCCCAAAGACCCAGAAAACAAGCACAGACGAACAGGGGGAUGCCGCGUCAAUGGAGAGCCGCCCCGCAGAUGAUUUCUGUCUUAUUGCUGCCAUGGCUCUUGUCUCGUCCAGUGAGGCUGGAGAAACACCCAAGGAAGCUAGCCAAACCACUCUUAUCCGUGCCGCGGGUCUUCUGGAACAGCUCUUGAUCAUUUCUCCCCAUAACUCUGGGGCUAUCCUGAUCUUGAUCCGCAUUUACCUUCUUCUCGGUGCUGGUUCGAUUGCUUUGAAGUUGUUCAGCAGGCUGUCCGUGAAGCAGAUGCAGUAUGAAUCGAUUGCUCAUGUUCUUUACACUCGCUUCGCCACGAUUCACCCACACCAGGGGCCUCCCAUCGAAGAUGGGGAAUACAAGGACUUUGACCCACAAGCUGCAUUCAUCAAAGCCCUUGAUUUCUAUCGUGCUGCCGACAUCACCGUUGGCCACAAUCUGAAUAAAGCACUCAAUGGUGGGUCUUACGUUGGCCUGGAGGAUUCAAUCGAGCUUGGAAAUCGUCUUCGGUACAGUCAAUGUCGCAAAAUGUGGGCUCUUGAUGUGCGACGCAUGCAAAGACUCACGAAGGGAGAACACUUGAGCUUCCAUGAAGAUGUUGCCCAAAGCACUUCAAUCGUCCACGACAAUCGGAAUUUUGAUGCUUUGCCUAGCUUUGAACGUCUUAGCCAGCCCAAAUUCGAGGAGCACCUACGCCUAGGCCCGCUCCCUAAGGCGAAGUGGCUCUCAUCAGCGCGCACCACCGACCGACUCUUCAGUAUUCUUGCAAGCAUCGGCCAUCAAAGGCCAGUCGAUCUGAGCGUGGAACUGCCUGCCAUCGGUGACUUGUCACUCUCUGAAGCGGAGACCGAUCAGACAGUUCCCGAGAAAGAUGCUGCCAAGGCUCACUUCGAACUGCUCAAGGUUGCGCUCUUCAUGGCUGGAUCCAAGACCCACACCACUGCUCAGGUUGAAAAUGCCCUUUCUCAGAUGGAAGAUUGGCUCAAGUCCAAGCGCCAAAUUCUGGCUCUCGACGACAUUAAGAAGUCUGCACUUCUCGACAAGACCACCAUUGAGUUUAUCCCUGGAACUCCAGCUGCACCGACCUGGGAAUACUUCCAUGCCAUCUGGACCCUUGUGGAGACACUCCAGGCUACGUGGAAAGUCAUUGACCUAGACUCCCGCAAGAGUAUCAAGACCGCCAAGCUUCCCUCCGAUUCCGUGAAGCGAAUUGAAACUUUGGUUCUUGAAGUUUUUGAGCUUAUUCGCUCCAACACCCGGGCUCUGAAACAGGGUCUUACUGAAACGGCAACUCUAAGCACCUUGAUUGACCUCGUCAACCGGGGUGAUCCUACUAACGAAUACUCAAAGCCUCUCCAAGAUGCUUUGGAAAGAAUGGCAGAUGAUUCUGCACUCGAGGUGUUCUGUGGAGAGCUGAGGGAUAGCUGGGAGGAAGCACUCGAUGGAGUGCUGGGUGCCAGAAUUUGA